UCUCUUACAGGUUUUUAGACAAGAAAGAGCGAUUAAAGCAUCUUAAAAACAAGCAAAGUGAAUUCCAAAACUAUGUUUUAAAGGCCAUGGAAGGCAAAAGGAUAACUGAUCAACUGAGAUGGAAAAUAAUGUCUUGCAAGAUGAGGAUUGAGCAGCUGAAACAAACCAUUUGCAAAGAGAAUGAUGAAAUGACAAGAAGCUCGGAGGGGCUUCUCAGAGUUAAAGAUGAGAAUCAGAAGCUUUAUCGCAGGGCCCAGAGGCAUCAGGAGAAGAAAGAGAAGAUCCAGAGACUUAACCGCAAGUUGGGAGACCUGGUGGAGAAGAAAAAUUAUGAUUUGAGAAGUCAGCACGAACACUUGGCAAAUCUUCGACGGUCACAUAUACUGGAGCUAACGUCUGUCAUUUUUCCCAUUGAGGAAGUGAAGACUAGCAUGAGAGACCCUGCAGAUAUUUCUUCUGAGAGUGACAAUGCCAUGACCUCUAGCACUGUGAGCAAGCUUGCAGAAGCCAGGAGAACUACGUAUCUCUCUGGGAGAUGGGUGUGUGAUGAUCACAAUGGGGAGACCAGCAUCAGCAUUGCAGGGCCUUGGAUAAGUCUUCCUAAUAAUGGAGACUAUUCAGCUUAUUACAAUUGGGUGGAAGAGAAAAAAACUACACAAGGACCAGAUACGGAGCAUAGUAAUCCUGCCUAUACCAUCAGUGCUGCCUUGUGCUAUGCAACUCAGCUUGUCAAUAUUUUGUCUCAUAUACUUGAUGUAAAUCUUCCCAGGAAGUUGUGUAACAGUGAGUUCUGCGGCGAGAACCUUAGCAGGCGGAAGUUUACCCGGGCAGUGAAGAAGCUGAAUGCCAAUAUCCUUUAUCUUUGUUUUUCCCAGCAUGUAAAUUUAGAUCUAUUGCAUCCACUGCAUACGCUCAGAAACCUUAUGUACCUGGUCAGUCCAGACACUGAGAACUUGGGCAGGUCUGGGCCUUUUGAAAUUAGUGCAGAUCUCGAGGACUCUAUGGAGUUUGUGGAUCCCGGGGCCGCUGGCGAAACAGACGAGAGUGGAGAAGAGCACGUCAGCGAUGAGGAGACUGACUUAGGGACAGACUGGGAGAAUCUGCCAAGCCCUCGAUUCUGCGAUAUCCCCUCUCAACCGGUCGAGAUGUUACAGAGCCAGAGCACGCAGGCCUCUCUGCCCAUAGCCAGCAGCAGCACGGGUGGAAUGAUCUCAUCUGCUGCCGCCUCUGUGACCUCCUGGUUCAAGGCAUACACGGGACAUCGUUAAGGAGCACGCCAGAAGGCUCGCAGGCCCUGCGGAAGGACUCCCUCUCCCCUCCCCCUCCAUACCGUAGUAUUGCGUGAUGCAGUGCCUGGAAUGCGAAAGGUCAGACUUCAAUUUUGUAAACCAGAAGAAACUUCUUAUGGACCCAAGAUGACUGUGAUGGAGACGUUUUGUAUAUUAGCUAGAUCUACACUUCUGGCUUAUCCCGUAAGGGCAUGUGCUGGCUCCAAGUUCUGUCUGUGUUGUUAAAUAUUGAAGAAAAAGGACCCUGCAGCAAAUUCCAGAUUUGUACUUCCUGAAGAAGAAACAGAUUUGGAAUAUUCAGAUCGGGGCGAGGCUGGAGAGAAAGCUGCUAAAAGUUGAGACUGGACGAAGGUGCAAACACACAUGAUCCACAUUGGUUAAGCUGCCUACAGGGUGUUGUGUGUGUUUAGGUCUGUAUCACGUUAACACACAGAAAACUUACAGCACAAAUGUACUUUUCGAAAUCAUUUGUUGCUCAUUGGGGAUAUGAACAUUUUAAUAGGGUUUCUUACGUUUGUUGCCAUAUUUUUAAUAGCAGCAUGGAUGGUAACUUACGAAGCUGGUUGCUUUUUUUUAAAAAUUGGUUGUGGGUUAUGCUCCUCCGGUAGAAAACUGGAUCAUUUCAUGCUGUUUUCAUUGAUAGGUUGCCUAAAAGUUUCAUGUUGUGCUGUUCAAAGCACCCAGGGUUUUUACUAUAAAUACCACAAACCAAAGAAACACUGGACAGUCUCCUAAUUGGACCCACAUUCGCCAAUACAGAAGGAUCACAUUUGCAAUAAUCUCCGUCAAUUACAACAUCGCCAUGUUCUCACAUUAAAAAGUGGCGAAGUUUUCACUUUAGGCUAAUUUAAUGAAGUAUAUUCUCCACACUACAAGCAUUUGAAAAGCUGCUUUAUUUUCUGUUUAUGGUGAGGGGGUUCUUGCUCGCUAAAUACUGAGAAGUCCGUUUCAUUUCACUGCAGAAAUGCUCGUGGAGUAGUCAGCCUGCUUGUAAAACCCCAGGAAGGUGUGGUAUGGACAGAUGCUUUCAUCAGCAAGUGCCCUCUGCCGCCUCCUGCCUUGCAGAUAACUAGUACUUAGCUUACAAAUGGUUUUUCUCAGCAAGGCUUCAGAAACACAUGGUUUACAUUUUAUCUAGCUGAGUGAUUUUACUUCUCUAUGGGGUAAAUGCCAUAAACAUGUGAUUCAUCCCCUGCCCCCCUUCUUCCUCUCCCCCCCUCAAAUGGAAGAUCUCAGCCAUUUGACCUUGUUCUCUUAGGGUGACCCUUGUGUUCCUGUACAAACAGGUGGUGAUAGAUUGCUGUGAGCUAAUGCUUACGUGGGAUUACUUUGUCAUCUGUGUGUGUGUGUGUGUGUGUGUGCGCGCGCGCGUUCACUCAUCAGAUGUUGGCUCUGGGAUUUGAUCAUCUUACACUCCCUUUCCCUCUCUGGUGAUUUUUCUUCUCCCUAGAAGAUUGAGACAUGACUUCCUGACUGCUGGCUUACAUAGCUCCAGCAAGGAAUGCUGGAAGAAAAGCACCUUGUACUACUUCUCUGCCCCGGAAUCCAGGCAUAUUUACACAUGAUACCUGGAUCUCUUAUCCUGCAAGCUCUUCUCUGUCCCUUUUUUCUCUUUUGUACGGCAGCUCUUUCCAUGUGGCCUCAGAGGUGGGGAUAUAACAAGGAAGCCUUGGGUGGUUUGGAUUUCCUUUUAAUUUUUUCCUAUCUUGUGACUCUGGGGGAUUUUUUUUUUUUUUUUAAAC